UGGGACUGCACGCCUGCUGCACCUCGAAACGGGGCAGAUCACUGGCUGGACGGAGGACUACGUCAAGGCGGACGGCAUGCUGCCCUAUCCCGUUUUCCCCAUCGACUCCCCCGCCAAGCACACAAUCCUCACUUCAGCCAACAAGGGCAUUGGAAAGUCGAAGGAGGGGUUCGACUGGCUCGAGAGGCUGCUGGAAAUCUAUCCCCACGCCUCCGUCGCCGUCAUCGCAGCCAACGUCACGCUCUCUCGGAAAUAUGACGAAGAUCUGAAGCGGCGCGGCAUUGAGGUCACGCUGUACCUAGAUUUGCCUGGAAAGAUCACGGCAAGCAGGGUGGUGUGCUGCGUCAACUCCCUCCCACGGCUCGACGCCAGCUUUGACGUAGUCAUCAUGGACGAGAUGGACAUGAUCAUGUCCAACAUGAACUCGGAUGUGAUGGCUCGGAAGAAGAUGGUUUUCUUGGCAGUGGAGGGGGCGACAAAGCACGCCAAGAUUGUGCUCGGGAUGGACGCCAACAUCGGCAGCCCUCGGGUCAUGCAGUGGCUGUACAUGGUCCGGACGGAUGCUGCCUUGCACGCAAUUCGUAACCGCGGGGUGUACCCAGGUGAAAGGAAGGCCACGAUCAAGUACAUCCCGUCGACCAAGCGUUUCCAGGCAGAUCCCUACGGCCCCGCCAUUGCUGAGACGAUGGAGGCUUUGGACCGAGGCAAAAAGGUCAUAGCGCCCUCCGCCAGCAAGACGUACGAUCUGAAGCUCAAGGAAGCCUUCGAGCAGCGCUACCCGAGCGACAGCCCGACUGCCAAGUCUGGAAAGUUCCUCUACUCCAAGCCAGAGUCGGAGGCCGCGAAAGAGGCUCUUGUGUUGGCAGUUACCGAUCCGGAUACUCAUCUGACGGCGGACCUGUGCGCCUCUUCGCCUGUGAUCGGCCCUGGUAUCUCGAGGGAGCGGCCCCACUUUGACAAGCUCAUCGCUUUUGCCAUGAACGCCUUCGAGCGGGGGCCCACUGUCGAGACGUUUCUCCAGCAGCUCUUCCGCGAUCGUACUGUCAGUGACUUCACGAUCUACGUGAAGGGUGGUGCGGGCCCACGGUCGCUCCCUUCGACUGUGGAAGACGUCUUCUGCGCGAUUGAGGACGAGGACCGCGAGCUGGCCAAGCUGCUUGGAAGCACCGAGCAUCUAGACUUCAUGCUGGCACCCUCGGGGACGCGGCCAAUCUGCGACAGAAACUCCCCGAGCUGCAUCCUCUACGCAAACAACAUUCUCACGAUCGCCAACAGUUUCCGGGACUAUCCCGAGCUCCUGCGCGCUGACCUGAUCAAGCAAGGGUUCGUCGUCGAGGAGGUGUAUCUGGACGACGAAGCACCCUCCAUUGCGGUGCGCAAAGCGACUAACGGAGACAAGAACCUCGCUGAUGAGGAUUGGCGGGCAAAGUACGUCGUUGAUGAAGAGGCGUACCGCAAAUUGCUCCGGAAGGCAGAGGUUGAUUCCCUGAACGAGAUGGAGGAGAGGCAGAGACACAUUUACGAGUGCAUCCGCAACGUGCACAAGGUCGAUCCUCGUAGAGUCGACCACAAUUACGAGGUGGUGCAUUGCGGGAAGGAGCUAGUCCCGUUCAAGAACUACAUCAGGUCCGACAUGAGUUACGAGAUGAUGGAAGGCCCCAGCGCAAGGUCCGUACCGCCCCCCCUCGUGCCCGCAGAAGCCGUGCAGCAUUGGGAGAGGCGAGAGGGCCGCUUCGUUUGUCUCGAGCGUCACCCGAUCGAACCCGAAGCCAUAUGCGAAAAGACGUUUGCAUCCAAGCAGGCCCUAGAGGCCCACCGUUCGAGGACGGGUUGCGAGCCUGCAAAGCUACCCAACGAUCGGCGCAUCUCGAGGUUCUUUCAAUUGACACCAGAGGCGGCUCGUCAAGUGAAGCAUCAAGGCAAUCAAACUGCGGUUUCGACAUACAGAAAGACGUUCAAGGGAGAGAGAGCCACCUUUCGAGCCCGACAUUUGGCAGAGUACACAGAACGGGCGUUGAUUGCCGUUCCCGACCCUGAAAAGCCCAAGGUGCCCGAGUACGUGGCACCCCCGAUCUCGUGGCUGCUCGCGGGCGCACAGUUGACGUCGCAGGAAGCGAGAACCAUGCUCGAUUCUGGCGAGCUGCACAUGAACCACAGAACGUGGUCUCUACAGUACCAUCCCGACAAGGUCGAGGUUGCACAGAAGACGGGCGGCAUGCUAUGGCGGGCCUGGCUGAACGUGGAGGCCGAACUGAUCACUUCGUACGCUGUUUACCUGUUGAGGUUUGCAGACUACGAAUCGAGGAUCAAACGGAUCGAGGAAGAGCUCCAGAUGUCACGGGCGAGAUGGAUAGAUGAUCAGCUAGAGAGGAGGUUUAAGACGUCCAUCGCGUUUCGACGGUUGAUGCGCAACCAGGAUCAGUAG